GGGGACAUAAUGUUGAUGACAGAGGCCUCAAAGCCCAAGGCUACACUCUGAAAGGAGCAACCCACGCCUUCUCUCUUGGAAAACAAGGCUCUCGAGACCGGCCCCUGCCCACCUGUCCGGCUCGUGCAACAUGCCGCCCCUGGGCCUCGAUGGUACCUCCCGGCCCUGCCGGCGACCUCUGCUGCGUCUGCUGCUCCUGCUGUCGCUGCUGCCGCCGCUGCCGCCGCCCUUAACGCGCGCCCAGACUGCUCAGGGAACCCCCAGCGCCCCGACCACGCCGGCCACCUCCAGCACCCCAAGUCUGCGGAAGCGCGCGCGGGCUCUGAUGCGAGACUUCCCUCUCGUGGACGGCCACAAUGACAUGCCCCUUGUCCUGAGGCAGUUUUAUGGCAACAGGCUACAGGAUGUUAAUCUGCGCAAUUUCAGCCAUGGCCAGACCAGCCUGGACAGGCUUAGAGACGGUCUCGUGGGUGCCCAGUUCUGGUCAGCCUACGUCCCAUGCCAGACCCAGGAAAGGGAUGCUGUGCGCCUCACCCUGGAGCAGAUUGACCUCAUUCGCCGCAUGUGUGCCUCCUAUUCUGAGUUGGAGCUUGUGACCUCAGUUAAAGCUCUGAACAAUACCCGGAAGUUGGCUUGCCUCAUUGGUGUGGAGGGUGGCCACUCGCUGGACAGUAGCCUUUCCGUCUUGCGUACGUUCUAUGUGCUGGGUGUGCGCUACCUGACGCUCACUCACACCUGCAACACACCCUGGGCAGAGAGCUCAUCUAAGGGCAUCCAUCCCUUCUAUAGCAGUGUCAGCGGGCUGACCAGCUUUGGUGAGAAAGUGGUGGUUGAAAUGAACCGCUUGGGCAUGAUGGUAGAUUUGUCCCACGUCUCUGACACUGUGGCACGGCGAGCCUUGGAAGUGUCACAGGCACCUGUGAUCUUCUCCCACUCAGCUGCCCGGGGUGUGUGCAAGAAUGCCAGGAACAUUCCUGAUGACAUCCUGCAGCUUCUGAAGAAGAAUGGUGGUAUCGUGAUGGUGUCUUUGUCACCGGGGGUGCUGCCGUGCAACCUGUUAGCCAAUGUGUCCACUGUGGCAGAUCACUUUGACUACAUCAAGGCAGUCAUUGGAUCCAAGUUCAUUGGGAUUGGUGGAGAUUAUGAUGGGGCUAAACGGUUCCCUCAGGGGCUGGAGGACGUGUCCACAUACCCAGUUCUGAUAGAAGAGUUGCUGAGUCGUGGCUGGAGUGAGGAAGAGCUCCAGGGUGUCCUUCGUGGAAACCUGCUGCGGGUCUUUGGACAGGUGGAACAGGUACGGGAGACAAGCAAGGGGCAAAGCCCCUUGGAGGAUGAAUUCCCGGAUGAGCAGCUGGGCAGUUCUUGCCGCUCUGUUCUCUCACGUCUGCCUCAGACACGGUAUCUGGCUCGAGACCAGAAACUAACUGAGACUUCGGCACAUUGGGCACCUAAGUGUUCACCUAAACAGUUAUUGUCAAAAUCUUCCCCCAACGUGGCCCCAAGCCUCACAGUUAUUGCUGCCUUUUCAGUCCUCAUUCUGUGGCUCUGGUGACCCAGUUAAUCCUACCAGAUGUUACUAUGGCAGUUGCAGAUACCCCACAUUGCCCUCCCCGCCCCCCCAUCAUGCAGACAGACACAUUUCCUGAAAAUAAAUGUUUUACACAUGGAAA